AUUUGGCUUCAGUCAGGCAGACCCCCUGCAAGUGCUGGACCCAUGAGCCCAAAGAGACUGCUGACUCACAAUGGGAACCACCAGUGACGAGAUGGUGCCUGUGGAGCAGGCCUCCGCCGCCUCCUCCCUAGAUCCCCUGUGCUUUGAGUGUGGCCAGCAGCACUGGGCAAGAGAAAACCACGUAUACAACUAUCAGGGUGAGGUGGACGAUGACCUCGUCUGCCACAUUUGCCUUCAGCCCCUACUGCAGCCGCUUGACACGCCCUGUGGACACACGUUCUGCCACAAGUGCCUCCGAAACUUCCUGCAAGAGAAGGACUUCUGCCCGCUGGACCGCAAGAGGCUGCAUUUCAAGUUGUGUAAGAAGUCUAGCAUCCUGGUCCAUAAGCUCCUAGACAAACUGCCAGUUCUGUGUCCGUUUUCCUCUGUGUGCCAAGAUGUAAUGCAGCGCUGUGACCUCGAGGCACAUCUUAAAAACAGGUGUCCAGGAGCCUCGCACCGGAGGGUUGAUCUAGAGAGGAGGAAAACCAGCCACACUCAAACACAGAUUGAGGGUGAGACUGGACCCGCUGUAACAGACCCUCCGAGCACGUCACCCCCAGAAACAGACUGCGUGGGCACUGUGCCCAUCGAGCGGACCGAGGAGGCUGGCCUGGACAACCCUGCCUUCGAGGAGAGCACUGCAGCCGACUCCAUACAACAGCCGCUCAGUUUACCAGAAGGAGAGAUCACCACCAUCGAGAUCCACCGCUCCAACCCGUACAUCCAGCUAGGAAUCAGCAUCGUGGGCGGCAACGAGACGCCACUGAUAAACAUUGUCAUCCAGGAAGUCUACCGCGACGGGGUCAUUGCCAGAGAUGGACGGCUCCUCGCCGGGGACCAGAUUCUUCAGGUAAACAACCACGAUAUCAGCAACGUGUCCCAUAACUACGCUCGGGCUGUGCUUUCCCAGCCUUGCAGCUCGCUGCACCUCACCGUGCUUCGGGAGAGGCGCUUUGGCAGCCGAGCAAACAGCCAUGCUGACGGCAGCGCGCCGCCCCGGGACGAGGUCUUCCAGGUGCUGCUCCACAAACGAGACUCAGCCGAGCAGCUCGGCAUUAAAUUAGUCCGAAGGACAGACGAGCCGGGUGUUUUUAUUCUGGACCUUCUGGAAGGGGGGCUGGCAGCCCAGGACGGCAGGCUCAACAGCAAUGACCGGGUGCUGGCCAUCAACGGGCAUGACCUAAAGCAUGGGACCCCGGAGCUCGCAGCCCAGAUCAUCCAGGCCAGCGGAGAGCGGGUGAACUUAACAGUCGCCAGACCAGGGAAGCCCCAGCCCAGCAACGGCAGCCGUGAAGCCGGAGCGCACAGCAGCAGCCAGCACCAUGCUCAGCAACCUGCCCACAGCCGGCCGAGCUCGCACAGGGAUCUCACUCAGUGUGUCACGUGCCAGGAGAAGCACAUCACUGUAAAGAAGGAGCCACACGAGUCCCUUGGGAUGACGGUCGCGGGGGGCAGAGGGAGUAAGAGUGGUGAGCUGCCCAUCUUUGUGACAAGUGUACCACCCCAUGGCUGCCUUGCACGAGAUGGCCGAAUCAAGAGAGGUGACGUGCUGCUGAAUAUCAACGGCAUUGACCUGACCAGUCUAAGUCACAGCGAGGCAGUGGCCAUGCUCAAGGCCAGCGCUGCGUCUCCAGCCGUCGUCCUCAAAGCCCUGGAAGUCCAGAUUGUGGAGGAGGCAGCCCAGGCCUCCGAGGAGCAGCCGAGCGCGGUCAGUGAGAAUGAGCACGACGCCAGCUGGUCCCCGUCCUGGGUCAUGUGGCUCGGGCUGCCGAGCGCCCUUCAUAGCUGCCAUGAUAUAGUCCUACGAAGAAGCUCCUUGGGAAGCUGGGGCUUCAGCAUUGUGGGCGGCUACGAAGAGAACCACACCAACCAGCCCUUCUUCAUCAAAACCAUCGUCCUGGGGACCCCUGCCUACUACGACGGGAGGUUAAAAUGUGGAGACAUGAUUGUAGCCGUAAAUGGCCUGUCGACUGUGGGCAUGAGUCACUCUGCUCUGGUGCCCAUGUUGAAAGAACAGAGGAACAAGGUCACUCUGACCGUCAUCUGCUGGCCUGGCAGCCUCGUCUAGACUGUCCACGUUGGUUUCCAGUCUUGUUUCUUCCUGCAGGCUCUUGAAGGAGGCGCCUCCUGUGACGUUUCCACACAGCUGCAGACACAGGGCCAAAGCGCUAAAACCACCCCAUGUUUCCUCUUUGCUCGGAAGUCGGCUCCCACUGGCCCCCGGGGCUCUCAGUGGCCACCCUCUGUGGUCCUGCUCACAGCCUGCCAGGACUGUCACCCGGAUGGAUGAGAGUGGCUUCUCCACCUGCAGAAGCUCGGUCAUCAAACCUGUGACAGCGACAACUUCCCUGGCCUGGAAACAGUGCUGCAAGCGGAUGCGGCCCAGUGUUCCUCAUCUCCCAUUGGUGCCAACAUUUCAAGACUUUUUAUACCGUUUAUAAAGUGACUUUUUAGUUUGUUUCUACUUUAAUCCUCAGUACUCAAAUGAAGACAUAAAUCUGACAGCGCUAACGAGACUUUGUUUAAAAUACUGUGGUUAGCGUAGUAGAGAGUCAAAAAUAACGCUCUUCAGGGACAGAGCAGCCUGGGAGGUGACUGUCCCAGAGCUGGCAAAGCUGCGUUGUUGCUGGAAUGGCCCAGAAGCACGAAGGUUCUUUUCCAAAGGAAGCUUUGUUACGUAGGAAAAGUUCAAAGAUGUUUUUCUAAAAGUCAUUUCUAGGGUUUAUAUUUAUCAGCAAUCUUGUCGGAGAUGUUUUUGUGAUUUAUGCAGUUGAACUAGGUGAUUAAAAACCAUUACUGUGUUAACCACACACAUAUGCAGUAUGUUGAAGGGGAGCCUUUGGUUUUUAUUCCUACAUGUCUUAGAAACCCUUAGUUUCCCCAAGAGACCAAAAAGCUCUGUUUUU